CCGUGGAGAGGCAUCUCAGGCAGCCUAUUGCCUCUACUAGUGUGCGAUAAUCUUCAUCAGUCAGAUGUUUAUGUUAAAAUGUAGAGCAACAUUUUUUAUUUAACGUUAAAGGCAAUAGUAGCAGUUUAAUGUCUCAAUCUUACCCACGGAAAAGGAUUCCUAAUGCAGCACAAGCGCGAGCGUACUCCGCCUGAGAGACUGAACUUAGGGACGAUAAAUCUCCACACUUACUCCAACAAACCCCGGAAAAGGGAAGCGGAAAACGGAACCUAAUGUUAAACAAAAAAAGUGUAGUUAGUGAAGUACAGAGUACUCUAAAUAUAUGUAUCGGUAACUAGACAUAUGCCUUUAAAAUAAACAGUUUAGAAAUGCAACAUUUACAAGUCAACAAUCGCGUCGAAAAGUGGCAGUUGAGGUAAAGCGCGUAGCUAGUCGUUAGCUCAGUUUGACAACAAGACACCGCAGUUGCUCCUGAAACUGGUGACAAGAAAGUAUUUAACGAGCCGUUUGUGAUGAUUAUUAAAGCUGUCUUCCAGUUUGUGGCUAAUCAACCUGUACUGUUUCAAUUCAGUGAACAAAUCUGGAUUUCUGCCCAGUCGUCUCUCUUUGCUGCGCUCUUUGUGAAAUGACCUGACUGCAACUUCACCAGCAUUAGAUGACAAUGACCAGAAUAGCCUGGUAUCAAGAGAAGAUCGGUGCCUAUGAUCAACAAGUCUGGGAGAAAUCUCUGGAGCAGACAGAUCUAAAUGGUUUGGACACCAAACCAAGGAAGACGGGUCGCAUCAAAGCAGACCUCAUCGAUGUCGACUUAGUAAGAGGAUCAACUUUCAGCAAAGCCAAACCAGACAGUCCGUGGGCAGCUUUGACUCGGAAGGGUCUGGUCAGAGUGCUGCUCUUCCCGUUCUUCUUCCAGUGGUGGAUCCAGGUGACCUCCAAGUCCAUCUCCUCAUGUAUUCUCGUGCUGUACUUCAUGCAAGUGGCAGCAGUGGUGCUGUACAUGGAGGUCCCUGGGGCGAGUGCCAGCGAGGUGUUUGGGCCCAUGUGUCUGAUGCUGCUGCUGGGUACCGUGCACUGCCAGAUUGUGUCGACUGAGUCCAGCCGGUGGCCCUCGGGCAGUCCAGCUGCCAGCUGCACCACCAGCCCUGCUCGCAGACGGAGGCCAAGGAAAGGCAGAGGGCUGAAGAAAUCUGAGGAGAAGAAUGACAGCGGGGACACAGAGCAGCAGGGGCCCUGGCAGUUUGAAGAAAGCCAGCGACUAUACAGGAACGAAGAGAGGAGGGCCAAAAGAAAGUCAGGGUUUGGGGCAUCUGACGAGCUCUCCAGUGAGGAAGAGGAGGGGGUCCAACCAGUGGAAGUCAUUCUUCCUGUACCUCAUCAAGAGAGACACCCUGCUGCACCGGUGUCUUCUAUUAGGAAGAGGACUCUAAAGUCUAACCCCAAACCCACAUUAAGAGCGCAGGAAGGGAGCGGGGCUUCCAUCAAGGUGAAGCCUCGAGAGGUGGACCGCCUCAGGCCGAGCGUGGGCUCUCGUCCUGCCUCCGACACUGAUGACACACUGUGGGAGGAGCUUCUCCAAGGGCCUGACUCCGCCUCCACGGGGAGCAGUGAAAGUGAGCCCAACGGGAGGUACAACGCUGGCAUGGCGCUCCCACAAACCACCACUCUGAGCAGUGAUGACGAGAGCCUACAGCAGGGAAUCACCGGAAGCCAGCUGUCUUGGCUGCAGGCAUGUCACCCAUCCAAAGACCGUGUCAGUGCCAUAAUAUGGGAGCAGGGCGACUGUAAGAAAGCAGACAUGUCAGUAUUGGAGAUCAGUGGGAUCAUCCUCACGCGGGUGAAGUUGGUGGAGCAGGGUAUGGGUUACCUUGUGCUUGGUGGGCUGAUGACCGCCACCCUGGCGCUGCUUCCCUUCGCCUUCCACUUGACUCAGCGUUUGGACGUGUCGAACCUCAGCUCCAUGUCCCUGAAAGAGCUGGGGGAAAUGGUGGUGGGGCAGCAUGGUGUCCAGGCCUACGCCUUUUUCUUCAUCACAACGGUGCAAAGAAUCUGCCUCAUAGGACUGUUCUUCUUCAUGAUGUGUGUGGCUGAGAGGACGUACAAACAAAGACUGCUGUUUGCCAAGUACUUCAGCCACCUCACUUCAGCCCGCAAGGCCAAGAAAUCAGAGAUCCCUCAUUUCAGACUGAAGAAAGUCCAGAACAUAAAGAUGUGGUUGUCACUUCGCUCUUUUCUCAGGAGACGAGGGCCGCAGCGCUCCGUUGACGUCAUUGUCUCCACCAUCUUCCUUUUGGCGCUUUCCAUUUCAUUCAUCAUUUGUGCCCAGCUUCUGCACAGCCACCAGACAUUCCUAGAGUCUCUGACAAACUGGGAGCUGAUAGUGUGGGCCUCCUCCCUCAUCCUCUUUCUGUUACGGCUGGCCACGCUCGGCUCAGAGACCAACUGCAAAUACAGCAACUCCUCGGUGCUGCUCACCGAGCAGAUCAAUUUGUAUCUCAAGAUGGAGAAAAAGCCCAAUAAGAAAGAAGAACUCCAUAUAGUGAACAACGUCUUGAAGCUAGCUACAAAACUGAUGAAGGAGCUGGAUAUUCCCUUCAGACUGCUGGGUCUCACCGUGAACCCUCUGAUCUACAACAUCACCAGAGUGGUCAUCCUGUCCGCUGUGUCCGCUGUGGUCAGCGACCUGUUCGGCUUCAACAUCCGACUGUGGAAAAUCAAGUCUUAAUGUGAAAACGGCAAACAACUAACAGUCGGGACACUGGCGACCAGAAGCUACCAGUGUCUGCUGCAUACAGUGCAUACAGUGUCUCAUCUACAACAAAGUGCAAACCUACUGACUGUAUAUUCGUUGUCUGUGCCUUCCAGCUGAAACUUCGGUCUCUUGAGUUUCAUUGUCAUUCCCAAGCCUGAGAUGCUCUGACAAUCGCUCGCACACCAUUACCGGCGGCUCAGCCGAUGUCUAUCCGCCACGCCACUAACGCAGUGCCUAACCUUUGACCCUUGAAUGUUCCUCGGUAUGUGGUUAAAUAUAGCGGUGAGUUUGAGGUCUGAGAUCAUUUCAGGCUUCUGUGGCAUCAAGAUUUCCAAAUGUGUCCUGUACAGAUUUGUGUACACACAAUGAAAUGUAAAUUCAGAUCAUAAAAUGUAGAUAGUUUGUUUAGUUUAUCAGCAUAUUAGUACAACUAACUGUAAAACGAGCUAUGUGCUAGCUAAAGCCGGUGAAUCAAAACGGGCUGCCAGUUUAAUUAAAUAAAUUUUCAUAGGACUCAGCUUUCAUUUCAACCUUUUGUACUAUUUAAAAAGGAAACAUUGUGAUUGUAAAGGGGCUUUUAUUUAUUUGGGGUUGUGUUUUAGCACUUAAACUUGUAAUGGUACCUGUAAAUCAUGACUCUGACCACUAUCUGUCUUUUUGUGUUGAGGACCAUUGUUGAAUUAAAUAACUAUGCCAAGUUUGUAUAGUUCUGCUUAAAGAAAAUACUUGAUAGAGGUGAAUAAAUGUUUUUCAUCUACG